AUGUCAGUGUUUGCGGCAGAACGUGCAGUUGCUAUUAAUGCAGUUUUACAAGCCAGUAAGGUUUGCCAAAAAGUAUUCAAACAACUUGUUAAUAACGAGACCAUAACUAAAAAAGACAAGAGCCCAGUAACAGUUGCUGACUUUAGUGCACAAGCUGUAGUGAAUACAAUUUUAUAUCAUUCUUUUCCGAAUGAUCCAAUUAUCGGAGAAGAAGAUACUAAGGAUUUACGCGUUGAAUCAGGAAAGGAAUUAAGAGCAAAAAUUCACUCUUUAACUAAUUCUAUAUUAGAUGAUCCAUUAGAUGAAACAACGUUAUUGGAUGCUAUUGAUCGAGGAUCUUAUCCUGGUGGUUCACAAGGAAGAAUGUGGACACUUGAUCCAAUCGACGGCACAAAAGGAUUUUUACGUGGCGAACAAUUUGCAGUUUGUUUAGCAUUACUUGUAGAUGGUAAAAUUCAAUUAGGUGUUAUGGGAUGCCCUAAUUUACCAGUAGAUUCUAAAGUUCCAGAGGGAGAAAAAGGGUGUUUAUUUAUUGCGGAAAAAGGUCAAGGAGCUUUUCAGAGGAAAUUUUCUUCAACGGAAGAAACGAAAAUCCAAAUGGCCAAUAUUUCUUCGAUACUAGAAGCAUCAUUUUGCGAAUCGGUUGAAGCAGCACAUUCAUCUCAUGGGGAUGCUGCAAAAAUAGCUUCACUACUUGGUAUUACUAAACCACCUAUUCGUAUGGAUAGUCAAUGCAAAUAUUGUUCAGUGGCUAGAGGUGAUGCUGAUAUUUAUUUACGUUUACCGACUCGAGAUGAUUACGAAGAGAAUAUAUGGGAUCAUGCGUCCGGAGCUCUCCUAGUUCAAGAAGCUGGUGGUAUAGUUUCAGACAUUUAUUCAAAACCAUUAGAUUUUUCUUUAGGAAGAACUUUAAAGUCUAACAAAGGUGUUGUAGUUAGUCAUUCUAAAAUAUAUUCUCAAGUUAUUGAAGUUGUACAACAAGUGCUUUUGAAAAAAUAA